GUUCUGGAUGUGGGGCGCGAUCUCCUGCAGAGCUUCACGCCGCUGAAGGCCGUCCACGAGCAUGUCUGCGCCUGGCACUUUUAUGCACACGACCAGGGGCGCCAGGUGGAGGCACACCACUACUGCAGCCACCCGACCGAGGAGGUCCGCCAGUGCGUGCUGUUCGACUCGGACCAGAAAGGGGCGCGGCUGCUGGGUGUGGAGUACAUCAUCUCGGAGCGGCUGUUCAAUGAGCUGCCGGAGGAGGAGAAGCGGUAUGAGGUUGGCAGCGGGCUGCUGGUGGCGCCGGGGGUGCCAGGCAUCGCGGAGAGGCAGGACAUGCAGAAGCUGAUCGGGACUUACGGCAAGGCCUGGCACAUGUGGCAGGUGGACCUGGGCGACCCCCUGCCCUAUGGCCCGCCGCAGCUGAUGAUGGCUUUCACAGACGACAACCAAGUGCGGCCCGAGCUGGUGGAGGAGCGGGACAGGCGGUACGGCAUGAGCACCGCAGGUGAG